CGGAAGUAGCUUUUCAUCUUGGCUCUUUAUCCGGCUGGCCUUUCGGGCGUCCGCGUGAGAAUUAGAUGUAUCGUCGUUCUAGGCUGGGGAUGUGCUAGUCCGCGCUAGGAACUAGGAUGUCGGACACGUGGAGCUCUAUCCAGGCCCAUAAGAAACAACUGGACUCGCUUCGCGAGAGACUGCAGCGGCGGCGGAAGCAGGACUCUGGGCACUUGGACUUAAGGAAUCCAGAAGCAGCACUGUCCCCAACCUUCCGUAGUGAUAGCCCAGUGCCUACUGCCCCUACCUCUAGUGGCCCUAAGCCCAGCACAACGUCUAUAGUCCCUGAAUUAGCUACAGACCCUGAGUUAGAGAAGAAGUUGCUACACCACCUCUCAGAUCUCGCCUUAACCUUGCCCACUGAUGCUGUAUCCAUUCGUCUUGCCAUCUCUACGCCAGAUGCACCUGCCACUCAAGAUGGGGUAGAAAGCCUUCUACAGAAAUUUGCCGCCCAGGAGUUGAUUGAGGUAAAGCGAGGUCUCCUACAAGAUGACGCACAUCCCACUCUCGUAACCUAUGCUGACCACUCCAAGCUGUCUGCCAUGAUGGGGGCUGUGGCAGAAAAGAAAGGCCUUGGAGAGGCAGCAGGGACUAUCACAGGGCAGAAACGGCGUGCAGAGCAGGACUUGACUACAGUGGCUACCUUUACCAGCUCUUUAGCAUCUGGUCUGGGCUCGUCAACAUCAGAACCAGCUAAGGAGCCAGCUAAGAAAUCAAGGAAGCACGCUGCCUCAGAUGUUGACCUGGAGAUAGAAAGUCUUUUGAACCAACAGUCAACUAAGGAACAGCAGAGCAAGAAGGUCAGUCAGGAGAUCCUAGAGCUAUUAAAUACCACAACAGCCAAGGAACAGUCCAUUGUUGAAAAGUUCCGCUCUCGAGGUCGGGCCCAGGUGCAAGAAUUUUGUGACUAUGGGACCAAGGAAGAGUGCAUGAAAGCCAGUGAUGCUGAUCGGCCUUGUCGCAAGCUGCACUUCAGACGGAUUAUCAACAAGCACACUGAUGAGUCUUUAGGUGACUGCUCUUUCCUGAACACCUGCUUCCACAUGGACACCUGCAAGUAUGUCCACUAUGAAAUUGACGCCUGUGUGGAUUCUGAGAGUCCUGGCAGCAAGGAGCACAUGCCGAGCCAGGAGCUUGCUCUUACACAGAGCGUUGGGGGCGACUCCAGUGCAGACCGACUCUUUCCACCCCAGUGGAUCUGUUGUGAUAUCCGCUACCUGGACGUCAGUAUCUUGGGCAAAUUUGCAGUUGUGAUGGCUGACCCACCUUGGGAUAUUCACAUGGAGCUACCAUAUGGGACGUUAACAGAUGACGAGAUGCGCAGGCUCAAUAUACCAGUACUACAGGAUGAUGGCUUUCUUUUCCUCUGGGUCACAGGCAGGGCCAUGGAAUUGGGCAGAGAAUGUCUGAACCUCUGGGGUUACGAGCGGGUGGACGAGAUCAUCUGGGUGAAGACCAAUCAGCUGCAGCGCAUCAUCAGAACAGGCCGGACGGGCCACUGGCUGAACCACGGGAAGGAGCACUGCUUGGUUGGUGUCAAAGGAAAUCCCCAAGGCUUCAACCAGGGUCUGGAUUGCGAUGUGAUUGUAGCUGAGGUUCGUUCCACCAGUCACAAACCAGAUGAAAUAUAUGGCAUGAUUGAGAGACUGUCCCCUGGCACCCGAAAGAUUGAGUUAUUUGGACGACCACACAAUGUGCAGCCCAACUGGAUUACUCUUGGAAACCAACUGGAUGGGAUACACCUUCUGGACCCAGAUGUGGUUGCCCGGUUUAAGCACAGGUAUCCAGAUGGUGUCAUCUCUAAACCUAAGAACUUAUAGGAGACAUUGAGAGCCAUGGCUCCACAGGCCGCCUGAAGAGAAGCGCUUAUGCAGUGUCCCCCACCCUGUACAUAAAUAAAAGUCUGUAUUAUAAUUGGCAUUUUUGAAGUGAAA